AAUAAGCCAGCCUUCUUCCGCAGAGGCUACGGGGAAAACAGAGCACAGCAGGAGAUUGUCCGUUGAAGUCUUGUUUUGGAUAAAAAAUGGAGAAACGACUGGAUACAGAUGACAUGGAGACGCGCCUACGGGCACUAGAACGUCGAAUAUACGGAGAAAGAAGAAUAAAAAGUGGAAAACCCGUCAAGUGUGCAGAUUCUUUGUCACGAAUCCAGGCAGGUUUGACUAACAUGGCUAACAAAAGAGAACGAGUGAAGAUACUGCACAAGAAGAUUGAAGACCUCGUGAAGUACCUAGAUCCCCAGUUCACAGACCACAUUGCUAUUCCUGAUGCCAUGAAGCUGGAAUUCAUUCUUGCUGAGGAGGAUUUUCUGUAUUCCCAGGCUGCUUUGUUGGAACAGGUCAGCAACCUACAGCCACUCUUGGACAGCACCCACAUUAGAGAUGUUCAAGAACAUGCCACGAAGUUGCAACGUCUAUCACAGCUUCACAUUAAAGAACAGGACCAAACAGAAAUUCUGUCCCAGGAAGUGAAGAAGCUUUUUGAGGAAUACAACAAAAUGAUGUUCCUGUUGUCCAAGCAGUUCACCCAAUGGGAUGAGAACCUGAGGAAGAUAGAAGAGGCCAAAGGCAUUCGUCCAGUGGAAUAAUUUAAAUUACUAUUUACUUGUCAGAAAGAUGUGACCGUGUGGGUGACUAUUCCCAGUGAUAGAGAUUGGACCAGUGUUUCUACUUCAGUGUGGUGGGACAAAAUGAACCAAACGAUCAUAAGUCGUUCAACGUUGUAACCUUAAUGCCUGUAAUGUUUCGUCCCAUUUUUGGGAGAGCAGGGUUGUUUCUAUAUCCUUGCACAUUAAUCUAUUUAAAUUUUAGCAGUUUUAAAUUACAAAAGGAAAAACAGGAAAACAAGAAAUGAAAAAUACACAAUUGUUUAUCAGUGCUCCAUCUUGUAUUUUACAGCAAAUGAUGGGUUGCAAUUGUUAAGUAUGUAAAUGGGUCUUAAUUUAACAGUAUCAAAUUUAAUUAUAUUCAUCGUAAAGUUAAACAAUAUGGAGCAUUAUUCAUGUAUUAAUGGACAGAGCAGGACCCCACCUCUAACACAGGUGUGUUGAGACACAACUACAUCAAUAAUGUGUCUUUACCAAUAGUUACAGUAUCUGUCACUCUCGACUUUAUAAAGUGAACAGAACAGGACUGAAGUAUACGAAGUAACUAUUCAUCAUUAUCCUAAUAACCUAAUGGCACUAAUUUAGUUUUAAAAAGCUUAAUUUCCCAAUUGGCUGAAAGUAAAAUUUGUGCAAAAUAAAGAGUUGAGGUAUAGCUGGAAUGAAUAUAAAACCAGUUCAAACAGCCAGAAUCUUUGCCUGAUUAAUUUUGGAAUUGUAAGUAUGGCUUAAUGACAACAAACAUCAACAUUCUUGUGGUCAAGUGCUGAUCAUUGGAUUUACUAUUGGAAUAAUAUAAAUAAUGUGUAAUUUUUCCAACAGUACAUAAUAGUACAAAAUUAGACAUGCUUUGUUAUAUUAGUUUAUAUGAAAGUCACAGCGGUUUCUAGGAACACCAAUACACAUACAGCACUUGCUCCCAUGUAAUCCUUGUAGUGGUCUCAUUUAGCCUACAAAGGCUGCCUUGAUCUUUGGUCGAAGAAAUGACUGAAAAGUGUGUCUCACACGGCACAGUGAUGCUGUUUACCUUCCUUUUAUGUCUGUAUAUUAAAUUGUUCUAUUCAAACAGCUUAUCUAUAUACCUGUCAUAAAACCCUGUUUGACAAUU